GUGAAAGUGUUGUUGAGCUGUUGGUGUGUGUCAAUGAGAAGAAAUGGCAGAAGCGAGUUUUUCAGAGGAUCAGUUGAUGUGUUCAGUGUGUUUGGAUCUACUGAAGGAUCCAGUGACGCUUCACUGUGGACACACUUACUGUAUGAGAUGUAUCACAGACUGCUGGGAUCAGGACGAUCAGACGGGAAUCUACAGCUGCCCUCAGUGCAGACAAACCUUCAGCCCUCGGCCUGUUCUAGGGAAGAAUGUGGUGUUUGCUGAAAUGGUGGAGAAACUGAAGAAGACCAAACUUUCUGAUGUGUGUUACGCUGGAGCUGGAGAUGUGGAGUGUGACGUCUGUACUGGAAGAAAACACAAAGCCAUCAAAUCCUGUCUGACGUGUCUGAAGUCUUACUGUCAAACUCAUCUUGAACGUCAUGAGGAAUUUCUCUCUGGAGAUUCACACAAAAUAGUGAGUGUGACUAGAAAACUGAAGGAGAUGAUCUGCCCUCAACAUCAGAAGCUUCUGGAGGUUUUCUGUCGUACUGAUCAGCAGUGCAUUUGUUUGAUGUGUUUGAUGGAUAAACAUAAAAACCACGACACAGUUUCAGCGGCAGCACAGAGGACAGAUGAAGAGAAACACUUGAAGGAGACGCAGAGAAAGUUUCAGGAGAAGAUCCAUCAGAGAGAGAAAGAUGUUCAGGAGCUGAGAGACGCUGUGGAGGGUCAUAAGCGGUGUGCACAGACAGCAGUGGAGGACUGUGAGAUGAUGUUGACUGAAGUGAUGUCAUUGAUUGAGAGAAGACGCUCUGAGGUGACACAGCUGAUCAGAGAUCAGGAGACGGCUGCAGUGAGUCGAGCUGAAGGACUCUUGGAGCGACUCAAGCAGGAGAUUGAUGAUCUGAGGAGGAGAGACGCUGAGCUGGACAAGAUUUCACACACAGAUGAUCACAUCACUUUCCUACAGAGUUUUCAGUCUCUCUCUGCACCUCCUGAAUCUCCAGACGACAUCAGUGUCACUUUCCUCUUUUCUUUUGAUGAUGUGAGAGAAUCUGUCCGUCAGCUGAGAGACAAACUGCAGGAUUUCUGCACACAGCACAUGAGAAAGAUCUCCGUCACACACACCAUCACUGAGCCCAGGAUCAGAGAGCACUUCCUACAAUAUUCUCAUCAGUUGACUCUGGAUCUAAACACAGUGAAUGAAGAUCUCAGUCUGUCUGAGAGAAACACAAAGAUCACAAACACUGGAACACUCCAGCAGUAUCCUGAUCAUCCAGACAGAUUUGAUGUGCGUCAGGUGUUGUGUAGAGAGAGUGUGUGUGGACGCUGUUACUGGGAGAUUGAGAGGACUGGUGUUGUGUGUAUAUCAGUGUCAUAUAAGAGCAUCAUGAGGAGGAAGGGACGGAGUGAGUGUUGGUUUGGAUAUAAUGAUCAGUCCUGGAGUUUGAUCUGCUCUGACUCUAGUUACACAUUCAGACACAAUAAGAUUGAGACUAAACUCCCUGUAAAGAUCAGAUGUGAUAGAAUAGGAGUGUAUGUGGAUGAGAGAGCAGGAAUUCUGUCCUUCUACAGCGUCUCUGACACAAUGACCCUCAUCCACAGCAUCAGCACCACAUUCACUCAUCCUCUCUAUCCUGGAUUUUAUGUUCAGUAUAAUUCAUCAGUGAAACUAUCUAUAGAUUCACGAGUUCACCUACACAGAUAAUAGAGUAGUUUGAGGGUAUGCGUAUUUGGCGUGCUGUCGGGGAGAGGGCUCCGAGCUCGUUCAUUCUUCCGAGCUCAGAGCACUCCCCCCUGUCCGGGGUGAGGGCUCCGAAUCCGGCAUUAGCCUGAA